AUUAAAUAGAGGGCAGUGCGCAUUGCUAAAUGUCGACUAAGGUCUAUCAACUGCGCAUGCCAGGCUGACGGACGCAAUUGGUUGGCUUCAGCAGCCGGGCUGUCACGGUUAUCACAAAAAAAACUAGCAGUAACUCUUCUAUAAAACACAUGGAAUGCGCCAGGUCAAACAACACUACUUUGUCGCACGGCACAGUGAAGGUUUUCACACUUGCUUUAGUUCAGCGUAAUGGAACCAGACCGGGGAAGUCGUCAUGUUAAUAAUGGUCAAAAUCUUGAGCUUAAAUUCAUUGAUGGAUGUAGUUCUACAUCUCAAGGUGAAAUGAAUCGUUACUUAAAGGCACACAGCACGGUACAGCCGGGAAACGCAACCACAGUCACGGGUAUAAGCUCCCAGACGAAACGAACGUUUCAAUCGAAUCUGAGGUCGGAUUCGUCGCUUGACCAGACUCUGGUGAGCUUUCGCGAUGUGGACGCAAUUAAAAAGAUCUACCAUCGUCGUAUGAGGGUAUUGUCGGGAAUUAGCUUUGUUUUUGCGCUAGCAGCAGCCUUGUUAGCCAUAAUAGACAUUGARAUAACUAGAAGAAGGCGAGUUAGACCUUCAGUUCCAAGUACAGAGACCUUGACAGGUGAUCCAAGUAGACUGACAGGAAUUGUACUUAAAGGAAUUCUAUCUUUGCUUUCCAUAAUGACGGCCAUCGUGAUUCACAAUAUUUACAUGAAUGCUCGUAGAAUUAACAUUAUAAGAAACCUUUAUCACGAGUCGGAGGGUUUUCUAACAUCAAGUUUAUUCCCAAAAUAUUGCAUUGAGUGCGCGGUUUGUUUGAUUCAUGUGCCGCCAUUUGUGGACGAGCUGGGCGUCCCAUAUGUGUACAAACUCCAACUCCUCGUUCUUCUAAGACUCUACCUCGCGACGAGAUGCUUAAGAGAAAGAAGUGAGCUAUUCCACAACCAAGCUACAAACCUACUAGCUUCCGUAACUAAAACUGAUAUAUCAUCUAGCUUUCUGGUCAAGACGUAUUUUCUCAAAGAGCCGUUCAAGUUGAUUUUUACGUUCUACAUCAUGAAUGUUUUCCUUGGAGGCUAUUGCGUUUAUGUCAUUGAGGAGUCUCACUCCUAUCUGGACACAACAUGGAUGAUGGUUGUUACUAUGACAACGUUAGGAUUUGGUGACGUAGUACCGGUGAGUGUAUUCGCUCGAGGGCUCGUCGGCUUUGCAUCGGUGCUGGGGAUAUUCCUUAUGGCAUUGUUCAUAAGUGUUGUUCACGAGACCCUGCAGUUAACAACACAAGAGAAACGUAUUCUUGCGUACAUCGAGAAUGCAGGACAUUUGAGACAGAAAAAGACGAUUGCCGCUCGCUGCAUUCAAAGCUACUGGAGAUACAGAACGUUUUAUAAGAAGAACUUUAACGCCAUUGAAAUGGGAGACUGGUUGAAACUACAGAAAGUCAAAUUUCUACAACACAAGUUCUUUAGAGAGAUGCGAUCGUGGAGGUCUGUCAGACGGGCAUGGUCACGUGACGAUUAUUGGAAGAAGUUCUUCGUCAUAGACGACACGGCCAUGUUACUGACAGACGUGUGUCGMACCAUAGACAACAUCGACCGUCAUUUGGGAUUUCGUCAGGCUGGAAAAGGAAGCAAAAACUCGCUGUAUAAAAACCCUUCCAUUUACAGCCCACUACCAAAAAAGGACAGCCAAGAAUAUGACAGAGUGUUCGAGUAUCCUUCGAUCAGUUUCACAUCACCACUCCAUUCACCUUCAUGCCGGUCAAACAGCGUACAAGCUGUUCUUGUCGACUCUUGGAAAUCCCCUUCAGAACAACAAYAACAACAACAACUACUAGAUAAACCUGAAAAACCGGUUAUACAAAUCGAGAAGCAAAAGGACGCCGUCCCUAAAAUCUACAUGAAUCACCUUGAGCAUGCACAUGUAUACGAUGGAGACCUGGGGCGAGAGGACAUGCGCGCAAACAAGCGCUUUAUGAAAAGACCUGAGUUUUUACGAAAAACCAGUGACUUGAGUACSUCAAGUGAUCAUAUUGAUAGAGGAAUGAUGUCUUUUGAUAUGCUGCAAACACGAAUAAACAGCGUUGAAAGCUCACUGGAUCAAAUCUACGGGAAAGUCAAGGGUGAAUUGCGUGACAUCCGGGACACAAUCAAGACGCUAUCAGCAKCUACGCCUGCGCGAACGCCCCUUUGGUCACCAAUCCCACCAACCAAUAACGGCGAGAACCCUAAAGAUCCUAUAUUCUCAUACGCAAAUCUAGAGAAAUACGAAAUAUGACCAUUAUGAUUCUUUAUUUAUGCACUUUAUGCUAUAUUUAUUAAUAAUUCUCAUAGAUAUUUUAUCUUUUAGGAUAUUUCACUACAAAUGUAAAUAGUAGAAAAGUUAAAAUAAUUCAAAAAAUUGGUUUAUUUGAUGAUCCUUGUUUUACAAAGCGUAUAAGCACGACCCUUAUUGGAGUUUAACAACAUAUCUCAAAAUGAAAAAGGGUGCGUCGUGAUAAAAUCUAAUCAUGAGAAGGAAUAAAAGAAGGAAUUGUUUCACUUCACAACCUCGCUCCUAGUSCCUUAUCCCUUUGCUUUGACCCCAARCGAAAGUAUAAAGGUCUGGGAACGAGGUUGUUCACUUCAUUGCUCUCAUUAGAAUUUUUUCAAGCUGUAUACGCUUUUAUAAAACGUGGAUCUUGGAUCAGGGAUCUCCGACAUUACACUUCUAGAGUUACUACCUGAUCGAAUGAAUCUAAUGAGAUUAAAAGACAAAUAUGUAUGGGCUACCGAUGCCUAAGGCAUGUUACACAAUCUGUCAGAGGAUAAAAACCUACGUUUUUAACUAAAAAUGGCCGCCAUCUUGAAUUUAUUUGUUUUCAGCAACAAAAAUAUUCGCGAUAAUUUCAAGAUUUUAAAGUUUUCAGGUUUUCAUUUCAUAAACAUUUGUCCGCCUUUACUGAAYGUACCCAUUAAUGCACCAUCUUAGAUUUUUCCAAUUCAAGAAAUUCAAUUCUCUGACAAGAACAGCUAAAUUGUAUUGAGAAAAUAUACCAUAUAUUUUGGAUUGGCUUACUCGAAUUCCGACAAUUCAAGAUGGCCUCCGUGUAGGUAAAAAUUUUUUUUAGUCCGCUCGUCUCACUCCAGSUUUGUCAAAAUCUGACUAAAUUUACCAGUCACUUCUUCUUUAGCAUCGUCCUUAUUCGCGAAGACUGAUGGGAAGGAUUUGGUGAGCUCGUAAUGCACCAAGGGAAGGUCAAACGUCUUUGCUGUUUUUGUUUUUUUGUUUUUCAACAACCACUUCAAGCAAAUCGAAAAAAAUAGCGCAACGACUGGGUUUUGAGUUUGACAUUUUGCAUGACUAACAAAUGACAUUUCUAAGGUUUACAAACAAGAGYAUUGCUAGUUUAUUCUAGGCAUUUUUAAUUUAGAUAUAAGAUCGGCAGCUUUCAGCGUCGGUGGUAUGAACAAUAGACAUUCGUGAGAAAACUUUUGUUGAAUUUCCCCCAACAUGGCUGCCGUAAAGUCAACUCAAAAAAAGCAUGUUAAMAAAGCUGGAUGUAAUGAGAAGAGUUUAGAAGUCUUGUAAGAAGUUUUCAGYUUCUUUGGAUGUGAAUCUCUAAACGAAGAACUAUAACAAAUAGACUUUGACUGAUACAGUCAUGGUUGGAUGCAGUGGGACCAUCUCUAUAAUACUUAAGCUCCUCGUUAUAAUCAGAGCACCUCCCUAAUACGACCACAAUACCUCCACAAAACGAACCCUURAGGACAGCACUACACCACGGGCAUUUGUCCAAAACGGAACAAUGACAUUAAAACACAGAACACUUAUUACAAAAACACCUCUAUAAUACGAACCCUUACAUCUCUAGAACAMGGGCUCCUAUUUUGAUUCAUAAGURAACCUCCAUAACAMGKGYAUGUUCGGAAASGAACACCUUUACAUCUUAAUUAAAGCUAAUUCUAGUAAUUUAACAUGAACAUAAUGCAAGCACCUCGAGCACUGAAAGCCGAGUUAAACAUUGUAUUUACAGUCAUAAAUAUGUCUUUAUAUCCUCUAUGAAGGGAUU